GCAGCAGCGUCACUGUUGAUCUCCAAACAGUCCAACUGUGGCUCAGGCAAGAUUCAGCGAAAACACUGCAAACUAAUCCCAGUGGAUGGAUUUAAAUGGACCAGACUGAGUUUUCUUCUCUACUUUUUUUUCACUUGAUAUUUUGACAUUUCUUGGAUUCAUAAAAGUGCUGCAACUCCAUGAACUAAUAUUGUUUCGGCUUUGUGGACAGUUUGGAUACAUCUUCUUGGAGAUCAUGUUGUUGUUGCCUAGGCCAGAGGAACUAGCACAAACAAUCACAUCUUUGGAAACAUGGAGAGCCUUUACUGCCUUUUGAACACUGCAAAACAAGACUCCCGAGGUGUGAAAUGUAAGCAAUAAAAAGUAUUUAGCAAGGAAAACAACUUAAUUAGAGCAGAUUUAUGAUGCUUGUAAGAAGUGCAGAUUUUUCAGUUUUGUUCACUUUGACGUGAAAAACACAUCUUCAACUUCCUCUGACUGAACUGAGCUGCUGAAUAAUGGAUGGAAACCUGAGCACUUCAGCAUCCUUGCUGAUUAACGAAACAAAACCGUACCAUGAUCCAGCGGGACCCUGGAGCCUCAUCAUACUGGUCAUCAUCAUACUGACCAUUGUGGUGGGAAACCUGCUGGUCAUCAUCGCUAUAGCGCGCACUUCGCAGCUACAGACAACGACAAACAUCUUCAUCAUGUCUCUGGCGUGUGCAGACCUCAUCAUGGGGGUCUUCGUGGUGCCUCUGGGGGCCACAAUAGUGGUGACUGGUAACUGGAUGCUUGGUCUCUUAUUUUGUGACUUCUGGACCUCUGUGGACGUCCUGUGUGUGACAGCGAGCAUCGAGACACUGUGUGUCAUAGCAGUGGAUAGGUAUAUAGCAAUUACAAGGCCGCUCCGAUACAAGGUUCUACUCAGUAAGUGGCGCGCCAGAAUAAUAGUUUGUUUAGUAUGGGUCGUGUCUGCCUUAAUUUCUUUUGUGCCAAUUAUGAAAGGGUACUGGCGUUCAGAAGACCCUGAAGCGAAGUCGUGCUACAAACUUGAUUCAUGCUGUGACUUUGUGACCACGCGCACCUUUGCUAUUGUAUCUUCUACAGUGUCUUUUUACAUUCCACUGCUCAUAAUGAUAUUUGUGUAUGCCAAAGUAUUUCUGAUAGCGACACGGCAGGUCCAGCUCAUAGAUAAGAAUCGAAUGCGUUUCCAGAAUGAGUGUACAACAGCACAGAUGCAAGUCAGUCCCCACAUCAACAAUAUCCUGCCAUCGGCGUGUGUGGGCUCCACCAGCUGCAACAGUGCAGUGAGGAGAAAGAGUGUCAAGCGAAGGCCGUCACGCCUCAUACUGGUCAAAGAGCAGAAGGCCCUCAAGACUUUGGGUAUCAUCAUGGGGACCUUCACUGUGUGCUGGCUGCCGUUCUUUGUUGCCAACAUCAUAAAUGCUUUCAACAGAGACGUUCCCCCUGAGAAGAUCUUCAGACUGUUAAACUGGCUGGGUUACAUCAACUCCGGCCUCAAUCCUAUCAUCUAUUGCAGGAGUCCAGAGUUUCGUGCAGCUUUCAAGAGCCUGCUUGGCUGCCCGUGGCUGUCCACCCCACAGCUCAAUACUUUCUAUAAAGAGCUGCGGACUCGCUGCUCAUGCUUUCUAUGGCAAGCUGAGUCAGGCACAGCUGGCUCUUUCCAAAAGUCUCCGACCAGUAGGACUGAGGGUAACGAGGGCUUGGCCACAAAUGAGGAGGCUUCCCCUGGUCCUCUGCAGUCCAACGGCAGCACACAGUUCAGUGACUUAUCAGAACCAGAAACCAAAUUCUUCACGUUGCAGGAAAAAGACUGAUGAACUGUAAAAUGUCAAGCUACUGAAGCAAACUAUGUUCUCCAGCCAUUACUGUGACUGCUGUGAAGGUUGAGACCAAACAGCAGUGAAGACAAGCUAAAGAAAAGACCACUGGCCCUGAUGAACGUAGCUGAACCCCAAAGAGAUGAGUGGAUUGACUGUUCGGGGAGACAGACAGGAACCCUGUGACUGUCUCUGUGGACAGGAGCUGGCCUGCUGCAACUCAGCACUUCACAGACAUUAGCUGACACCAAAGUUGAACCGCCCAGUGUCAUCUAAAUACUGUUUGCAAAAGACUCUCUGUUCCUGAAUAAGACUCAACUCCAAGGUUUGAAUGCAUUCCAGUAAACCUUUGGACACACUGCAUGUGGCCUGUGGUUUCAAAAAUGUUAGACAGAAACAAAUUUUGUACAGUAUAUUAUCUGGUAAGUUAUCUAUUUAUGAUACACUGACUCUGUAGCAAAAUACAAAAGUUGGCUAACUUGAUACAAGGUCGUAAUUUGGGCAAGGUUGUCUUUACUGUCCAGUUAAGAAAGAUUCAUUUUCCAUCACAUAAACUGUUCAGUGUAAUAUCAGCUAAACCAAAGGGCUGUGCAUUCAAUACUCAAUUCUGGUAUCUGAUUUCAGUCUUAAUUUUUCUCCGCACAAUAGUUAUCUUGCUUAAAUCCCCUACUCUAUAUUAAGUUAUACCAUGGCUAUGAAAAAAUGGCUGUUAAAAUGUUAAAUCAGGACAUCUCAAACAAAACUCAUUACAGUUUAACCAUUAACCACCAUGUCAUUGUGCAAGGUACAGUAUUAAAAAAAAAUGCAGGUUAAUGUAGCAAAACACGUUCACUACAUGUUUCCAGAAAACUCCCUUCCCUUUCUUCCUUUGGUAAACAGCCAUGGUAUAAGCUUGAUAACACACUCUGAAAUGUCCAAAUAUAGAAAAAUAAUGGACUUGACGCCAUCCAUUAUUUUGUUGUACUGGGACACCUUGUUGUGCAUUAUUACUUACAUAACAUCAUCUGUUUCAUUGAGAAAUAAAAAAAUAAAACUGUGUAACACUGGUCAUGUCUACUUUGUGUGCAAACAACCGGACAUAUAAUUGUGAAAUU